CCCAAAUCGUCUCCGCUAUUCUUUCCACGGCUCGCGCCACCCAGCUCACGCUACACCCACUGUGGCUCGCAACCCCCAACGCCCCGUAGGCGAAGGAAACCUUCCCUCUUUUCCACUAUGAUUCCAACGGACCUGGAGAAGGGAAAGACUCUGGGCGUGCUGCCAGAUUCCUCCGACACGACACAAAACAACGAAGAUGAACCACAAACUCACGAUACCCCGGUGGUUGAGACCCAGGACAGAGAUGCGACGGAACAAGAGCUGGGAAAUUUGAGUCGAGGAAUCGACAGCAUUCCCUUUGCGGUAUGGAUCGUUGUGGUCGCAGGGGCUGCGGAGCGAAUCACAUUCUACGCCGUUACAGGCCCUUGGCAAAAUUACAUGCAGCAUCCACCGGGAGAGACCUUGCCUGGCGCAUUAGGCUUGGGUCAGGCUCGCGCGACCACAAUAUUCAACGCCUUUGUGUUUCUGUCAUACUUGAUCCCAAUGCCCGUAGCCAUUAUUGCAGAUACGAAGCUGGGGCGGUAUAGAACUAUCGGUGCGGGUCUAUUAUUUUACAUGCUGGGUCUUAUUGUCAUGUUCGUCACCUCCCUGCCCUACUCUUUGCGACAUGGGGCCGGAAUCCCCGGCUUAGCGGUUUCCAUGAUCUGCAUAGCGAUCGGAGUGGGCAGUGUCAAAGCUAACAUAGCUGCCUUCAUGCUUGACCAGUAUCCUGAGACAGCGCCAAAGUUACUUACUCGCAAAAACGGCGACCGCUUCGUGGGCGACAGAGACAUGACCAUACAAUACGUCUACAAUGUUUAUUAUUGGCUGGUGAAUAUCGCUGGACUAUCGUCUAUACCAUCUACCUAUCUUGAGAAGAUCUAUGGGUUUUGGGCUGCUUACCUUCUGGCAUGGUGUAGCCUAGGUUUAUGCGCCGGUCUUUUGCUCUUUUACCGAAAGCGCUUCAUUAGAGUUGCCCCACAGGGCAACAUACUCCCCAAUGCAGCAAAAGUUCUCACCGUGGCAGUGAAAAACGGCUUUAGAAUGCAAGCUGCAUCUCCAUCAUACCAGCGCGAAUACAAUGGGGUCAAUGUUCCAUGGGAUGAAAACUUUGUGGCUGAAAUCCAACGCGGACUUGUAGCGAGCCAGGUUAUUUUGGCUUUCAGUCUAUUCGAGUUGGGUUAUAGUCAGAUUCAAAACAACCUCGUGUCGCAAGCUGGUCAGAUGCGAUUGGACCGUGUCCCAAAUGAUGCAUUCCAAACUCUGAAUCCUAUCGCUUGCAUCAUCCUUGGUCCACUCGUUCAAAGCCUAUACGGUUGGUUGAAGAAGAGAAAUAUCCCAUUCAGACCUAUUGCACGAGUCAUGACCGCCUUUCUGCUAAUGGCUAUCGCAAUGGGCUAUGCAUCUGGCGUUCAAGACCUGGUAUACAACACCGGACCAUGCUACGACAGACCACUUGCCUGCCCAGAGUCCGACAAUGGUCGCGUUCCCAACAACGUCAGCGUCUGGCUACAAACGCCAAUGCAUUUCAUAAUGGCGUUUUCAGAGUUUCUUGCGAUAGUCACCAUGAUGGAGUAUGCAUAUUCGAAGGCGCCGGCGGGGAUGAAGUCGAUUGUGCAGGCCUUCUCUCAACUUUCCAAUGCCCUAGGAAGGGCUUUGGGUAUGGCAAUUUCUCCUUUGGCGAAAGAUCCUCAUCUCGUUGCGUAUUAUGCUUCUUUGGCAGGCGUCAUGGUACUAAGCAUAAUGCUUUUCCGGUUCUUCUUCAAACGAUAUGACGACAUUGAUGACGCUUAA